AUUUUAGACCUCGCUCGACAUGCAGCACCGUCGCAGCACCGCCGGAAUGACACGAGGAAAGCCCACCACGCGUCCGGCCCCUCGGGAGGGAGGGCAUGCCCCCUGGCCGGCCAAUUUCCCCACAGUUCGUCUCGAGAUCCGCCGGCCAUGACUGCCUCAGGUAAGAGGCGUCACCGUUCCCGGGCGGCUGGGUCGAGGCCACGACAAGCGACAGGAUAUAAUAAUAUGGCCUUGGCCCUUCCCUCUCCUGCCUACACGCUCUCCACCCGGAAGCUUGUCUCCUGCUUGGCACUGGCAUCUCCUCCCUUGGACCCUGAAGGCCAAGCACCGUCAAGACGAUCAUCACUCACUCAUCACCAUGUUGGGACCAUGCACCGCCGCCGUGGUGGCCCUGCUCUCGCUGGGCCUCACCAGCCCCGUCCUCGCCAGUGCUCACUCGGCAGCUCCAUACCCAGCGACCACCUUCGCAGACUGCCAAAAGAAGACGGCCGACCCGCUCGAGGGCUGUCCGGAGGGCACGAUAUAUGUGAGCGCCAAUGACACAAGGGCCGACUUCACCAAGAUCCAGGAUGCCAUCAUCUCGGUCGGCAACGACUCAGACCCUCACUACAUCCUGAUCGGUGCCGGCUUCUACUAUGAGCAACUCAACGUGACCCGACAGGCGCCUCUCUAUCUGCUGGGCCAGUCCAACCUGCCCUCAAUGCAGCAGGACUACGCGGGCGACGUGAGCUACAACCAGACCGCCGAGAACGAUGUGCAGGUCUGGUUCAACCUCGCCAACGUGGGCAACAACCUGAUCAGUGACAACGUUUUCACCGGCGUCCUGACCGUGGGCCCUACCCUCAACGCCACCCUCACCGGCAGUGGGCCCACCGGCUUCCCCGUGCCCGACGACACCCCGUUCGGGUGCCAAGACUUCAGGGCCUACAACAUUGACUUCAGGAACGAGGAGUUCCCCUACUCGCACGGCCCGGCUCACGCCAUGGGCGUGUCCAGGGCCAACGCUGGCUUCUACAGCUGCGGCUUCUACAGCUGGCAGGAUACCAUAUACGUCGGCAAGCUUGCCAACGCCUACUUCUACGACACCGUCGUUGCAGGCCAGACGGACUUUUUGUACGGCUUCGGCACCCUUUACAUCACCAAGUCCACCCUGUCGCUGCGCCACUGCGGAGGCGGCGUCACCGCCUGGAAGGGUACCAACACGACCUUUGAGAACAAGUACGGUGCCUACAUCGAUUCGUCCCAGCUCAUCGCCAACAACGCCUCCACGGCCGCCGAGGUAAAGGGCACUUGCGCCCUGGGCCGUCCAUGGAACGCCCAGCAGCGGUCCAUCUUCAUGGACAGCUACUUCGAUGCGAGCAUCCUGCCCGCUGGGUACAUCAGGUGGAGCGCCAGCGACCCCAGGGUGUACAACUACACCUUUAUGGCCACGUGGGAGAACUACGGCCCCGGGUGGAAUGUCACGGCUGAGAAGGCCAGCAACGUCACCCUCGUGCUCGAUGACGACAAGGUCGAGCCCUACCGAUGGCCCACGGACGUUUUCCUCACCGAGACCGGGGAGCCCGGAAACACGGCUUGGAUCGACCAGAGUGUCCUGGUCCCCUUCUGAUAGAAUCUGUGCACAAGCCUUGAUCUAAUUAUACAUUGUUCUUUGCUGCCUGACGCCGUCGCUGCCGUCCACGAAGUAGACAAUCACCAGCUGGCCGUCUAUCAACCUUCCUGUAGCGUGCAAGACAGAGUGUGCGCCCCUCUUCUUGACAUCUUUCAUGGUGCCUCCCACCGCACGAGAUCAAACCAAUCUACUCGCUGUGACGGGGCCGCUUGUUCUGGCUCCCCGGGCCCUCAGGCUCCUUGUCCUCUGCGAACUCGUCAUAUUUUCGGGUCUGGCCGGUCUUUCCCUUGUCGACGGCCUUUCCCUUGUCGACGGCCUUUCCCUUGCCCUUAGGGUCGCCCGGUCCGAACAUCUCAGGUGCAGGAGCGCCAUUGUCCUUGGUGAGACGGAACUUGGCUAGCAUACGCCGCUGGAGCUCUGCAGGACUGUGGUGGGCGAUAGUCUCGGUCGCCGCGUUGGCGGCGGUGGGGGCAGCCGCACGGCUCUCCCAAAG